CCUUGUACACUGUCCACUAGUCCGGUUGCAGACGUCGUUGCAAGACCAGCACCACCACCUGCCCACUUUCAAGAUGCAAGUUGCAGUCGUGACACUGGUGUUGCUGGUGGGCGUGGGAGUGGGCGUAGGCGUGGGUGAAGACUCCUCCUCCUACAGAGAAUCCCUAGAAGAAGCCUUUAAUGAUCGUGCAGAAAUUGAAAAAACGAUCGAAUGCUUCCUAAACAGGAUCCCAUGUUCGCGUAAACAGCAGAAGAUCAAAGAACGAGCCCUUGCAGCCAUGAGGAACGGAGGUACCUGUCCCAGCACCUUAUGUACACCUAAGCAGCAGCAGGAGACAGCGAAGUCAAUGGAACUACUGCAACAAAAAUAUCCUGACCUGUUCCUACGCCUCAUUGCAUCACUCUUUGGGAUUGGUUAUUAAUAAAUUUAUCAAAAUAAUUAUCAUUAUUAUUCUUAUUGUUGAGUAGCAAUUAUUUUAUCUGUACUUCUUGGUAGGUUGACC